AUUAGUGGUAUAAAAGGACCCAGACUAGAUACAUGAAUGCCCAAUUUUCUUUUCUCGACUCAUCUCUCAUGCAUGCAUUACGCAAUCCAUGAUGGAGAAUCACCACAACUAUGACCUGCUUACCAAGCACAGAGAACAGCUUGUCUCUGGUCUCAAACCAGCUGAGGAGAAGCUGGACAGUAUACAACGAGCACUGAAGUACUUUGACACAAGGGCUAAGGAACUUAACGAUCAGAGGGCUGCAAUUGAAGUUGAUAUCCACAAAGAGAUAGAAGAACAACAUCAGCUGUUAAACGAAGAACAGCAAAACUUGUGGGAGAGCUAGAUAUGCUGACUCAGCAAAAACUGAAGGAUCUGGUGGCACAGACUCAAGUAAAACUAUCCGUAUGUUUGGAAUAUGCUGAGGAGUGUCUCAAAGGCACUGACAGUGGUGAAGUAUGCGAGCAUAUUUCCACUAUUCAACCGGAGCCAGAGAUAAACGCUAUCAUGGAGCUAGUUACUAAAGGAAAAGAACCUCUCCAAGCAGCAUGUCGAGAUUUCCUAGAAAUUGAGCAUGGUGGUUCGUUCAGCUUCGAGAACAGCCUCACGACAGGAGAUGGUCUGAAAACUGCUGUAACUGGAGAAAUAAAAGUUGUAUCCUUCCAAGCAAUGACCAAGAAUAACGAAAAAUUCAAAGGUAUACUGGACCUCAAAGCUGAACUUGUGCAUAUCGAGACAAAAAAGAAAUUGAGAUGUGAAGUGGUUAAGCAGCAAAAUGGUAAACACGAGAUCAACUAUCACCCUAUGAAACGAGGAAAGCAUGAACUACAUAUCACUGUCAAUGGGGACGCAGUACGAGGCAGUCCAUUCCUAAUAUCUGUAACCUUGGGGAAAUUAGCUAAGCCUUCCCGAGUUAUAUACGGUUUGGAUGGACCACGAGGCACUGUCUUCAAUAAUAAGGGACAGUUGAUCGUUAUUGAAGGUCAUAUUACACAAACUGUCUCUGUAUUUACACCAGAGGGUGAGAAAAUACAAACGUUUGGACAGCUGAAUGGUGCAUUUGGAGUAACGGUGGAUAAAGACGACAACAUCUAUGUAGUGGAGAGUACUAAUCCUAAUCAUCGUAUAAACAAGUUCUCAUCGAAUGGAGAGCUUGUGGCAGCAGUUGACAGUACCACGUGCACUGAAUCUAUAUGCUUGUUUGGUAUCUGUUAUAACAGAAUAGAGAACAACUUGUAUGUGCUUAGCUUUCCUACGAUACAAGUUCUCUCUACUGAACUAAAGUUCAUACGAUGUUUUGGCAUAUCUGACAAUGGAAACGAAUCAUUUAAUAGUGCAGCAUAUGGAACCAAAUCAUUUAAUAGUGCAGCAUUUGAUAGCGCCAACAAUCUCUAUGUGACUAAACGUAAUCGAGUACUAGUCUUCAAUGCUGAACGUCAAUUUUUGAGAGCAUUCUCACAAAAGCAUGAUAGUCAGGACCAGGAUCGAGAUCUCUUUGCCAUUGCCAUCGACAGCAGUGACACAGUGUACGUGAGCAGCAAUUGUGUUGUGAUUUUGUUCACAUCUGAGGGAGACUACAUCACCACUUUUGGUGUAGGUGGGUGGGAAAUUUACGGACUCUCUAUUGAUUGUAAUGACGCAGUUGUUGUAUCUGAUUGUAGCAACGGCCGACUGCAGAAAUUUUAAACAAGCCUAGAACUGAAAAGUGACUGUUAUUGCUGUUAUUGCUUAUAAUUAUAGUUUACCCAUAAUUAUAGUUUACCCAUGCAUGCAUUUUGUUGUUGUCUCCUAUCAGUUACAUGUAGCAGCACGAAGAAAUUGUAUAAUG